AUGGAAUUAAAGAACGCCGAAGAAGUAAAGUUCGAUCAGGAUCUCUGGCUUAUUCAAAUAAAGGAAGGUCUGCAAAUACAGGGCAAGCAAAAAGAAGAAAAGGAGAUUUGCAUAUCCGUUUCUGGUGUGCCCAAGGAGUUGUUGGCAAUGACGCCAGAAGCGUAUAUUCUGCAGUGCGUCUCCAUUGGACCAUAUCACCAUUCUAGAUCACAGCUUUACGAAAUGGAGAGAUAUAAAGUAUCUGCUGUGCGAAGGUUUGAGAAGACGCUAACCGGUGGCUGCAAGCUCGAAUCAGUAGUGGAAGAAGUGAAGAAGUACGACUGGCAGAUCAGGAACUGCUACCACAAAUAUCUCGACUACAAGAAGGAAACCCUGGCAUGGCUUAUGGCUCUUGACGCCUCCUUCGUGCUUGACUGCUUGCAGUUCCAAGUCGAACGGGCAGACCAGCCUUCUUCACAAGUGUCUUCCCACGGUAAGCCACUGGGCAGAGUUUUGGAUCCAACUGGGAGGAGCGCAAUCCACAAUGCGAUUAUGAGAGAUCUGAUGAUGCUAGAGAAUCAGUUACCUUUGUUUCUCUUGCAGAAGCUGCUCCAAAUGGAGUUGGGUUCUCAAGAUAAGGCGGAAGAAAGGCUCUGCAAAUUGGCUGGUGACACGGAUACAGUGAAUAACACUGACUUGGCAUUUAUUGAACGGCAUCUUUGUCCGUCUCAAACCCUAGACACCAUGAGAGAUGCAGCCGCCGCUGAAGCAAAGGAGCUCGAAUUAUCAAUGAGGUUGCGUAUUACAGGUAUUAUUCUUGUUCAUAUGUUUAAAAAAGAUUCAGACAUGGACGAUAUCAUUUCUAAGAAGAAUGAUGACGGGAAUGUCCUGUCCCCGGAUUCAACGUACAUAACGCGUGCUCUGAAAGCUUUAUGGAAGGCCCUCUCUUCGUUAGAAAUCAGCCUUGAUCAACUUGUCUCGGCACUCCCUGAGGGUGUCUUGAAAGGAAAGACUGUCCAGUUGGUGACACAGAUGUCCACGCAUCUUGUUUCCGCUUUUGAAACUCUUUCAACUAAGCGCAAAGAUGAAAUUGAUGAGGAAAAAGAUGAGAGAGGAUAUUCCUCUGCGGAAACUCCUCCUACGCGUGAUGAAUUAGCGAUUCCCUCCGUCUCCAAUUUAUACUCAGCAGGGGUAAAAUUCCUUCCAAUUGAGGGAGACCUUACCACAAUUCGCUUUGACCCGAGGACUGCAACUCUUUAUCUUCCCAAAUUGAGGUUAGAUUCGAGCACGGAAGUAGUUCUCAGGAAUUUGGUGGCGUUCGAAGCUUCGGCGGCUCCUGGUGAUUUGAUCUUCACUCGUUAUAGUGAUUUCAUGAACGGCAUCAUCGACAAAGAGGAAGAUGUUCGGCUUCUGAGAAAAAGCGGGAUUAUCUACAAUCAUCUGGCAGACGACGGGAAAGUGGCAAGCCUGUGGAAUGGCUUGGGUAAAUGCGUGAAAUUGACGAAAGUAAAACAUUUGGAUCAAGUUAUAGCGGAUGUCAACAAGCAUUAUCACAAGAGAUGGCGCGUUGCUAUUAAGAAUAACAUAAGCAAAUACAUAUUUGGUUCGUGGAAGGUCCUCACUGUUGUGGCCGCAGGGAUACUGUUGCUCCUCACUUGCUUAGAGGCUUUUUGUUCUCUGUAUGAGUGUAAACAUUGGUGGAACAACACAAGUUAA